UUCAGCACAACACUCCCCGGACAGCUCCUCCAGCUCAGCAGCAGCACAGCUGUGAUCGGGGGGAGUCCGGGGGGAGGAGAACACGUCGGACGAUGGAGAGGGUCCAGUCAGUCUGCUGGGAAACACCGGGACCGAGGAUCCGGGUCUGAUACCUAACCAAUGUUAUUUGACUCUAAUUAAGGCAACCUGUGCGCGUGCAUGAGAGGAGUACUGUUUGCAUUCUUCUUCGUGCUCUUCGUGCGGACGGAUAAUUGGAGGGUUAAAGUUGGUCUCUGUGCAGCUGGGUUCUGAUGCUUGCGCAGCAGAUUCAGAUUCAGAUGAUGGUUCGUGAUUCCUCUGACUUUCUCUCUCCUUUUGUUGGCUCUCUGAGGAGGAGAGACAUGCUGAGCUGCACCGUGCUGAUCAGAUGAUUCUGCGCUCUCUUUCCGACAACUCAGGCUGAGUGUCGGUAUGCAGAUUUCACUGGAAUCAGCCUGAUAUCUGCGCCCUGCCCUGAGAGGCUCUGCAGCUGCUGUGCACGCAGGUGUCCAGGUUUCCCUGUGGUAGGACUUUCUCCGUAGCCCUGUUCCUGUCCCCCCUCCAGCAGCAAUGGACCCACUUCCAGACUACUCACUGUUCCUGGUCCGCAUCCUGGAGGAGCUGGACACCAAGCACAACACCAUGUCAUACCAGGACCUGUGCAAGUCCCUGUGUGCCCGCUUCGACCUGGUGCACCUGACCAAGCUCCGCAGCCUGCUCUUCUACACAGCCUGCCUUGACCCCGCCUUCCCAGCAACACUCUUCAAGGACAAGAUGCGCUGCUCUAUGGACGACCCGCAGUCCAAGAAGCUCAUGGUGGCUGCAGACAUUGUCACCAUGUUCAACCUGAUCCAGAUGAAUGGAGGUAUGAUCAAAGACAAGCUCCCCGCCAUGCAGCGAGCCAAGUUCCACAAAAACCAGUCUCUGGAGCUGUGCAGGUCUGAGCAGGAUGCCUACAAGUUUCAGGACUGUGACAGGGGUGCCGGGUAUGAGCACACGAGCCCCCGGGAUGGACAUCGUCACCACCAUCACCACCUCUGCCCCAAGAAGCACCCAGUGUCCCAGGGCGCCUCUCCCUGUUCCAAACCAUCUGACUUUGUUCGCACCUCAGACCCAAACUUCCUCCUGGGGGUCAGCAAGGAGCUGAAAUGUAGAGCCGCCUCUCUGGACAAGCUGCAGCACCUGCCUCAGUACUCCAGCAGCAGGCCUCCCUCUCCCCCUUGUGAGAUGCAGAGCACCUACUUUCCCAUGGACAUCGACAGUGAGUCCAACACGGACCAGGAGUCCCUGCAGCACAUCAGCCAUCCAGAGCAAUUCUCUAUGCACCCCUGCAUCCAGAAGAGGAACAUCUUCAAAGAGGACUUUCACAACCUGGUGGCCUUCUCACCACAGGUCAUCACUGCAGAGCGUAAGCAGGGUACCGAGGCUUCAGUCAGCUACCACAGGAGGGAGCUGCACAAACCUACCACCUUCUUCAACCACAGCUUUGAACUGCCCUACAGUAACCCCUACACCGAACCCACACUCAACUCCCCUCUCCAGGACAGGCAGAGGGUGAAGCAUGAGAGCCUGGAUGACUUGCAGGCCUCCACCUAUUUCGGCCCCACGACCGUCUCCGAGUGUGUCAGCAACAGGAGGCAGAGUCACAGAUCCGGGAAGCAGCCAGCGUGGCCGGUGAAGAGCCUCAGUCUGAACACAGAGGAGGGGCCUCCAGACUUUGAGAGGUCCUUCAUGAAUGGCAAACCACUCAAAGACAACCUCCACCCCAAUAUCAGCAUCAUCAGCACUGACGAUAAGCUUUUUCAGAGCCCAAAAGACAAGAUGGUAGCUUCUCCGUCUGGUUUUGCAAAGAAAACUAACGGAUUAAAGUCCAAGGAGGGAGCGCUGAUGGCCGGUGGGCCUGUAGGUUUGGACAAAAGAGAAGCAGCCAAAAGGUUUCGGGACAAAAACCUGAAGAGUCAGUCCUUUCAGGGAGGAGACACCUCGUCCAGCGUGGGGACACAAACAGAGCAGGGCGAGCAGAAGAAGGUGAAAGAUUUCAGAGAGAGGCAGGUCUUCAAACAGUCGGAUGAGGACUCAGAGCUCGUCAGUGAUGACAUCAGUGACAUCUUCCGAUUUCUGGAUGAUAUGAGUGUUUGUGACUCUCUUGGCGUCGUCCAACCCUCGAUCUACAACAGUAAUGGUUCUCUGUCUCAGGUUACACUCAAGUCUGAAGGCGAUAGCUCCCCUGAACGCAACACGGUCAAACUCGCAAAGUCCAAGCUGGACCGCCUCUUCCAUUCGCUGGAAAACACGGACGACGAGCUGAAAUCGAGCGUGUGCAAGCUGGUGAUGAGGAUCGGUGAGAUAGAGAAGAAGCUGGAGUCUCUGUCGGGGGUCCGCAGCGAGAUUUCCCAGGUGCUGUCCAAACUCAACAAGCUGGAUGAGAAGAUCCAGGAGCCUGAGGCCAACGGGAGACAUGGGGAGCCAGCGUCUGCAUCUGGAUCCACUGCCACUCCUGACAACCUGCAGCCUCACUCACAUCCCAACGCCAACCUGUCCCCUCGAGUUUUCCAGUGCCACACCACUGGACACAACGGCAAAAUGGACAACAGCCCCCCAGGGGAGUGGGGCUGCUCUGAUGGGAGUAACAGUGACAGCCUGAGGAUAAAGGCUCUGAAGAAGAGCAUGUUCACCAGGAGGUCGUCCCGCUCGCUCAACGAAGAGAACAGCCCCCCAGAGUUAAAGGUUGCAAGCAUCACCAACUCUCCACGGGACUGGAGGACGGUGUCCUACUCCUGCCAUCCUGCAGACGAAGGCAAAGACAAGGACAGAGACAGAGAUAGAGACAGAGACGGCAAGGACAGACACAGGAAGACCAAAGAGCGCAGCAGCUGUGUGGACAGACAGCAGCAGAUUCCAGCGCUGAAUUUGGGCUCUGAUGUAAAAGGAGCCAUUCCGAUGCCAUGUGGCUCUUUGUCCCACAUGACUCUCAUCACAGCCAGGAGAUGUGUUCACAGAGAGGAAUUAAUCCUGACAAAUUAGGGAGACUAAACUCUGCCUGGAGAACAGGAUGUCCCUGGGUGUUUGAAUGCAGCUGUGUGCUUCCAAAAAUGUAAAGACUCAUUGGAAACCAGAGAUCCUGACGCAGUGUGAUGAAAAUAAACGGCUUAGAGAAUCA